AUGCAAGCAAUCGCUAUCGCUGCUAUUUGUAUCACAGGUGUGGCUGUAAUAACUGGUGGAGUAGCUGCAGCAACAAUAAUUUUGGCUCCGAUUGUUUCAUCUCCAGAGGAUAAAUUUAAAACAGAAAAUGAAUAUCGGGAUCCUGGAAAAGAUCGGCCUCCAAAACUUUUACUUAUAGAAACUGGCUCUCUAGACGCCCUAUCAAUUCCUGAAAAAACGUUUGUCUUAUUAUCAUCUGAAGAAGGUAAAGAAGGAUUUGUAUCAUUUGGAAUUGGCUUUGAACUUCUCAUUCAGUGA